AUGGAAGCCGCCGGCCUCGUGGUCGGCGUGGCCGGGCUGGCAGGCAUAUUCACCGCGUGCGUCGACUGCUAUCGACUCGUGCGCCGCGGAGCCUCCUUUGACAUGGACUACAAAAUUCUCGAAACCAAAUUCAACAACCAGGAGUUCCGGCUGCUCAGCUGGGGCAAGGCGGACACUCUCGAAUGCAUCUCGGGCCUUUUCGAGAACGAGAAGAAGCUCUCGUCGAGGUUCGGCUUACGCCUCGUUCAGGACAGGCCCGGCGCGCUCGUGCCCGCGCUACCCCUGUUGCCGGGGACUGCCGCCAAGGCGGGGUUGGUGACGGGCGUCGGGAGGCCGCAUGGCCGACGAUCCUGGCGGCUCUUCUCCUCGCGGGGCGCGAAACCCGUGAAUCAGGCGGGGAAAAUGCGGAGCUUCCGAGACACGGCCAUCUGGGUUAUCUCGGACCGCGACAAGUUUGUGGAGCUGGUGCAGAACCUGACCGACUUCAACAAUGACCUGGAUGCGAUGACGCGCCCGCUGAGAGACGUGGCUGUUAGACAGCGCGUCUACGUGGAGCAAGAGGUCGAAAUCAUUCAGGACGUGCAGGUGCUUGAGGAAAUGGCUGUGGCGUCGGAACACGACAGCGACGUCAUCUCCGACGUGGUCAGCGUGCGGCUGGCCUCGAUACGGUCCGGCACCAUCAACACGGGGACCGACAGUCACAAUACUACCUCGUACAGGACGGCCCUUGCGGAGAUUCCGGCAACCAUUGAUGAGGUGCCCGAGGAACCCGAGUUUCCGGCGCGGCCGGAUGGCAAACCAUUGUUGGAGUCGUACAAAUUGGUUUGCACGGGCGACUACGACUCGGGCAUCAUCCGCCUGCUGAUCCGAUUUGCUCGAGGCGCGCUGCCCGAGGUGUACAUGCCCGUAGUCUUUGAGAACUGGGUUGCCGACCUCAAUAUCGACGGCAUGGACACAACUUUGGAACUCUGGCAUACGGCUGGCCAGGAAACAUACGAACUUUUGCGGCCGCUGACGUAUCCCGACACGCACGUCGUCAUGAUUUGCUUCCGCGCCAAUAACCCAACGCGCACGACAAGGGCCAACAUCGUCAAGAGGUGGGGUUCAGAGGUACGAAAGUACUGUCCGAGGGCGCCCAUCAUCCUUGUGGGUUUGAAUACGCCCAAGAAGAAUGAAUCCGACGAUGAUGGUGCCGCCGAAGGUGAGCUGGGAAAUUCAGACGAUGAGGAAGAUCCAUUUGAGCCUCUAUCCAUAACGCAGGACCUCGGGGCGCCGAGGUACUUUUUCUGCGAUCCGGCAACGGGGUUUGGAGUUUCGGAACUGUUUGACUACGCGACUCGUGCCGCUAUAGCCUUUGCCGAUGCAGAGGGCCUGAAACCACAAAUUCAGAGCGGUGUCGUGGAGAGAUUACGUCGUCGCUUAGUGGGAUCGUCGACUUCGAGCAUCCGUUCAACGACUUCAUGA